AUGACAGCCUUCCGAGUGCUCUGGUCGUGUGCCCUGCUGGUGCUGGUUCAGCCCGGGGCUCUUUGCGCACGGAGGUUCCGCGGUGGCCGUAACUCGCAGCCUCGCCGCGCCUCUCCUCCUCCCACCUCCCGCACGGCCCACGGGGAGGUCACCGAGAGCUUCCCGCUGGACUUCACAGCAGUGGAGGAGAACAUGGAUAACUUCAUGACACAAGUGAAGAACCUGGCGCAGUCUCUCUACCCCUGCUCUGCGCAAAAGCUCGACUACGACAUGAAGCUACAUUUUUUAGAAAACACGUCCGUUACCUGCAACGAUGGAAGCCCAGCUGGAUAUUACCUGAAAGAAUCUCGUGGAAGCAGACGGUGGCUAAUAUUCUUGGAAGGUGGAUGGUACUGCUUCAACAAGGAAAACUGUGACAGUCGAUAUGAAACAAUGAGGAGACUGAUGAGCUCAUCCAAGUGGCCACAAACAAAAACAGGUACAGGAAUCCUGUCUCCACUCCCAGAGGAAAACCCGCAUUGGUGGAAUGCAAACAUGGUGUAUAUUCCAUACUGCUCAAGUGAUGCGUGGAGCGGUGCCUCGCCCAAAACAGAACAAAGUGGCUACGCAUUUAUGGGAUCUCUUAUUAUUCAAGAAGUGGUGAAGAACCUCCUGAAUAAAGGUCUAGAAAAUGCAAAGGUGCUUCUACUUGCAGGGAGCAGUGCUGGAGGUACUGGAGUCCUGCUGAAUGUAGAUCGUGUGGCGGAGCUUCUUGAAGGUCUUGGACACACUUCUAUUCAGGUUCGUGGGCUCGCUGAUUCGGGAUGGUUCCUAGACAACAAGCAGUACCACUUCACCGACUGCGUGGACACAAUCAGCUGUUCCCCCACUGAGACCAUCAAGCGGGGCAUCAAAUACUGGGGAGGAGUAGUCCCAGAGAGAUGCAGAAAGAGCUAUGAAGGGGAAGAGUGGAACUGCUUCUUUGGUUACAGAGUUUUCUCAACAAUAAAAAGCCCUGUCUUUGUGGUGCAGUGGCUGUUUGACGAAGCACAGCUGACCGUGGACAACAUUCAGCUGACAGGCCAACCCGUGCAGGAAGGACAGUGGCGCUACAUCCAAAAUUUGGGAAUUGAACUGAGGAAGACACUGAAUAAUGUCCCGGCUAUGUUUGCUCCGGCAUGUCUAUCACACGAAGUUAUUACAAGAACGUACUGGAUAGACAUACAAGUGAAAGGAACUUCUCUGCCCCGAGCUUUGCACUGCUGGGACCGUAGUCUACAGGACCACAGGAACAACAAGGCUCCCCCCAAAGGAUGUCCAGUGCAUUUAAUCGACAGCUGCCCUUGGCCACACUGCAACCCCACAUGCCCCACCAUCAGAGACCAGUUCACGGGGCAGGAGAUGAACGUCAUCCAGUUCCUCAUGCACAUGGGCUUUGAUGUGCAGAAGAUGGCUCAACAACAGGGCAUGGAUCCCAGUAAACUUCUGGGCAUGCUCAGUAGUGGCAGCUAA